AUGCGAAUAUUGUGCGUCGCCCCCACUAUUGGGCUCCUGUCUUUCUUUUUCGGUGUCGCACAGGCUGUGUCAUGCCAUAAUGUGACGAUUUCCAACGCUGCCGAUGCCGCUGAAGUCCGGAAUGACUGCACAAUAAUCACCGGAACCCUCGAGUUUAGCACUGACUUCAAAGAGACGGUAGACCUCAGUGGCAUUGAGGAAAUCCAAGGCGAUAUUUUACACACCGGGUGUACAUAUGAUUGCCCCGCGUUGCCGCCGCUCUUCAACAUUUCAAGUUCUACACUCGCUGCCGUCGGCGGAAAUCUGGAGUUGAGUUGGUUUCAUGGGUUGCAGGAACUUCAGUUCCCUAAACUUUCUGUCGUCGAAGGAUCAUUGUCCAUCUACAGCGCCGUUCAGUUAGAACGACUGGAUAUCACGAAACUCUCGCGCGUUGGCGACAUCAUGAUCCGUGCCACGCCGAACUUGGCGAGCAUACAGCACGAGAUCCUAAAAUCAUUCACAGGCAAGGAAAGGCCUGGUACAGUUCAUCUGACUGGAGCGGUCGAGUCAAUUGACAGCUUCUUCAGUUAUCCAAUUGAACCAGUUCCACUUGAAAAUGACACCAGAUUUUCGUGGCUUGAGAUCGACAGCAAAUCACUCCCUAACGUCAGGCAUAUCAACUUCGGAUGGUCAAACCUGGACUACCUGAACGUUAAUGGAGACAACCUAUCGAUCACACUUGGCGCUGCAAAUACCACCUUGAUGAAUAUGGGCACAAUUACUCUUACAGGCAACAUUACUAAACUUGAACCCGGGAAAGCGCUCACAAAUCUUACCAUUGGGAUACUUCGUAUCGACGAAACUGGGUUGACAGAUCUGAAUAUUACCGCAACUCAACUUUCGAGACUAGAACUCUUUGACAAUGAGGAACUCAGCACCGUAACGCUUCCCUCCAAGGCUUUUGACUGGGAAAACUUUUCCCUAAGUCUGAGCGGUUCUCCGAAACUGAAUUUCAGUUCUGAAUACCGACAUAAAGAUGGAGGUGGGGAAGAAAGGUUUUGGUUCUGGCCGCGUCAGAACAUAGAGGUGAUAUCUAUUUAUCAAAUAACAACAGGCACCGACUUCUUUAAAUCCUUCAUCGAGCAAUAUCCCAAUGGUACCAACUCAAGCGGGCCAGCACAAAGCCUGGAGUCAUUUCGGAUAUAUCCAUCGGAAUCCGACACAUUGGAUUUUGAUUGCCAUGUAUUUGAUGACAUGCGUUACCAAGGCAUUUUGCCAAAUGAUACGUUUAGUUGUUGGGGCAAUGAGAUCGAUUCGGCAGCUGCUUUAACGACAACAGCAUGUACAGCGUGGCUGGUUCGAAUGGUGUUCCUGGUUACUACUGUAUUGCUUCUUUAGUCAUUAUUAAUGGAGGAGGAUUUACUACAGAUGAAUACGUAUCAAAAUCAGUUGUUGCUGUCUGACAU